CGUCAGACCCAACAGCAGAAGAAGAAACUCACACACGUGUCGGUUCCCUCGCGAGCAGCAGCGUCCAGCAGAAGACGGUCAGAAUCAAGCGGUCGGUCGAUUUAGUUGAUCAGAAAUGGCGAAGACGAAGAAGGAGAAGGCGUCCGCGGACGGACCGGAGGCCGCGGUGGCCGACGGGAACGAGAAGUCCUACGAGGAGCUGAUCGCGCACGUGAACCCCAUCGCGCAGCCGCUGGCCUCGCGGAAGCUCAGCAAGAAGCUCUACAAAUGCGUGAAGAAAGCCUCCAAAGUGAAGAACAUCCGCAGAGGAGUGAAAGAAGUCCAGAAGUUCAUCAACAAGGGGGAGAAAGGCAUCGUGGUGAUGGCCGGCGACACGCUGCCCAUCGACGUGUACUGCCACCUGCCCGUCAUGUGUGAGGACCGCAGCCUGCCGUACGCCUACAUCCCCUCCAAAGGGGAUCUGGGUUCUUCUGCCGGAUCCAAGAGGCCGACCUGCGUGAUCCUGAUCAAACCCCACGAGGACUACCAGGACGCCUACGACGAGUGUGUGUCGGAGGUGUCCGGCCUGCCCAAACCGCUCUGAGGCCUCGGCCAAUCGGUGAGCAGCUCUGAGGCUUCGGCCAAUCGGUCGAUGACAAAACAAAGACGCCGGACAGAAACCUGUAAAUACUUCCUGGUUUUAAGACGACGGACUGUAAAAUAACCGUUUGAUUUAUUUUCUACGAUUGUUUUUCCUUUUUCAUUAAAUCCUGAUGGACAAAGUUU